AUGACUUCGGAAGAAAUGGCAGCUUCUGUUCGGAUACCUGUCACUCAGAGAAAAGUGGUCCCUUCCCAGACAGCUAUGGAUGAAAGUAGUGAAAACAUCUCAGAUGUCAGCGUUUCAAAUGUGCAUACAGUCAGGCAGACUUCUCUUACCGUCUCACAACUGAACAAGCAUAGAGAUGAAUCUUCUGAAAGCAACUUGCCUGAGAUUCUCUCAAUAACAAGAGAGAAAAUAAUGAGUGAUGAGAACAGUAAUAAAAACUGCUGGGAGGAAAGCAUGCCAGAUUCUGUGCACAACCUUAACAUUAACUGCAACACCAUACUGAAAAACCAUCAGUGUGGCCUUCCUAAGAGCCAGUUUUAUGAAACAUGUGAUUCUGUCUCAGAAGAAAGGCUGUGUUUGGAAACUGAAAUCCCUUCUUCCCUGGAAAGAAAGGUGUUUCCUGGAAUUCAACUGGAAGUAGAGGGACCUCCCAUGGACAUCAGUCCUUUAGGAAAUCAAUCAGAGAUCGAAGAGCCUGGAACAGCACCCCCUGACAGCAGCAUGGCAGUGUUUCGCUUUCAUUGUGAAGUUGACAGAAUGUCAGAUGCUUUCUGUGCCCUACCAGAUAACUUGAUUUUGGAUGAUUGUGGAAACUGUGUACCACUCCCUGAUGUUGGGAGGGAGCAAAAGAGAAAGUACGUGGCAUAUACUUGUGAACUGAUGGAACUGGCAAAUAACUGUGACAAUAAGAAUGGGCAGCUGCGGUGUGAUCAUUGUGACACCUUGAAUGACACAUACUUGUGCUUUAAAGGUUCUUGCCAGAAGGCCAGUGAGGUAUUUUCAAGUGAUAACUUUUGCAGAGAGGAGCUUGCUGACCGUCCGCCCCCCGAGACCUUUCUGAGCCAUUUUGAGGACAUCCCUGAUAACUGUGAAGAUGCAGAAGAUUUUUUUAAGAGCAAAAAGGAGCGGUCCACUUUGUUAGUGAGGAGAUUUUGUAAAAACGACAGGGAAGUCAAGAAAUCUGUGUAUACCGGGACGAGGGCAAUUGUGAGAACUCUGCCUUCCGGUCACAUUGGACUGGGAGCUUGGAGUUACGUUGAUCAGAAAAGAAGUGGUUGUUUGUUGCCUCGCGGGAGAGCCAUGGAACGUCUGUCAGAGGUGAUCAGGCAGGCUGGGAGGCGGUACCGGCCAGAAGCCCAGUGGUAUCUGAUCUACAAUGCAGUGAGAAGGGGAAAAGAAACAGAAGAUACAACUGGAUCUCUUCUCCACUUCUUCCUAAAGCUCCCAACCACGGAGGCAGCCCAUGAAAGGAUUAGCAUUGGUCCGUGCUUAAAGCAGCGUGUCCGGGAUACCGUAUGUGAGUAUCGUGCUACCCUGCAAAGGACUUCCAUAUCUCACUACAUCACCGGCUCUCUCCUAGAAGCGACUACGUCUUUAGGAGCAAGAAGUGGCCUACUCAGUACUUUCGGAGGAUCCACAGGACGAAUGAUGCUGAAAGAACGGCAACCAGGUACGUCUAUGGCCAAUUCCAGUGCCCUCCCUUCAAGUUCAUCUGGGAUCAGCAAAGAACUGGUUGAUCUACAGCCCCUCAUUCAGUUCCCCGAGGAAGUCGCCAGCAUCCUAAUGGAGCAGGAACAGAAUAUUUACCGGAGGGUCUUGCCGGUUGACUACCUUUGCUUCUUAACUCGGGGCUUGGGCAUGCCAGAAUGUCAGAGGCCUCUGCCCUCCCUUAAAGCAUCCAUCUCAGCUUCAGUUCUUACCACCCAGAAUGGAGAGCACAAUGCCCUUGAAGAUCUUGUGAUGAGAUUUAAUGAGGUGAGCUCCUGGGUGACGUGGCUGAUCCUCACCGCGGGUUCCAUGGAGGAGAAGCGGGAAGUCUUCUCAUACUUGGUGCAUGUGGCCAAAUGCUGCUGGAAUAUGGGCAACUACAACACUGUCAUGGAGUUCCUGGCCGGCCUCAGGUCACGAAAAGUUUUAAAAAUGUGGCAGUUCAUGGACCAGUCUGACCUGGAGACCAUGAGGAGCCUGAAGGAUGCCAUGGCUCAGCACGAAUCUUCUUGCGAGUAUAAGAAAGUGGUGAGCCGGGCGCUGCACAUCCCCGGCUGUAAAGUGGUUCCAUUCUGUGGGGUGUUUCUGAAGGAGCUCUGUGAAGUACUUGAUGGGGCCUCUGGUCUCAUGAAGCUUUGCCCGAGGUACAAUUCCCAAGAAGAAACGUUAGAGUUUGUAGCUGAUUACAGUGGACAAGAUAAUUUCUUACAAAGAGUGGGACAAAAUGGCUUAAAGAAUUCGGAGAAGGAGUCCACCGUCAACAGCAUCUUUCAGAUCAUCAGAAGCUGCAGUCGGAGCCUGGAGACAGAGGAGGAGGACUGCCCCGGGGAGGGAAGCAGCUCCAGGAAGGAUUCCUUGAAGGACAAAGCCCGAUGGCAGUUUAUAAUUGGAGAUUUGUUGGAUUCUGAAAAUGACAUCUUUGAGCAGCCCAAAGAAGGGGACCCUCAUGGGUCAGAGGAGCCACAGAAGGCCUUUGACCAUGGGACGGAGCUCAUCCCAUGGUAUGUGCUGUCCAUCCAAGCUGAUGUGCAUCAGUUCCUGCUACAGGGGGCCACAGCCAUCCACUAUGACCAGGACACACAUCUCUCUGCCCGCUGCUUCCUCCAGCUUCAGCCUGACAAUAGCACCUUGACCUGGACGAAGCCUACCACUGCCUCCUCAGCCAGUACUAAAGCAAAACUCGGUGUGCUUAGUAACACAUCUGAGCCUGGGAAAUUCCCGUUACUAGGCAGUGCUGGAUUAAGUGGCCUAGCAGAGGGGGUCUUGGACCUGUUUUCAGUGAAGGCUGUGUACAUGGGACACCCUAGCAUUGAUAUACACACCGUGUGUGUUCAGAACAAACUGGGUAGCAUGCCCCUCUCAGAGACUGGUGUCACACUGCUCUAUGGACUUCAGACCACGGACAAUAGAUUAUUGCACUUUGUGGCACCAAAGCACACAGCUAAAAUGCUCUUCAGUGGAUUGUUGGAACUCACUAGAGCCGUGAGAAAGAUGAGGAAGUUUCCCGACCAGAGACAGCAGUGGCUGCGGAAACAGUAUGUCAGCCUCUAUCAGGAUGAUGGGCGAUAUGAAGGCCCGACUUUGGCUCAUGCUGUGGAGCUGUUUGGUGGCAGGCGAUGGAGUACUCGGAACCCCAACCCUGGGACAUCAGCGAAGAGUGCCGAGAAGCCUAACAUGCAGAGAAACAACACCUUGGGCAUAAGCACCACCAAGAAAAAGAAGAAAAUCCUUAUGAGAGGUGAGAGCGGAGAGGCAACUGAUGACGAGAUGGCAACCAGAAAAGCCAAAACGCACAAAGAGUGUCGGAGCCGGAGUGGGUCUGACCCUCAAGACAUCAAUGAACAAGAAGAAUCAGAGGUGAAUGUCAUCGCUAGUCCUCCUAACCUUCUCCCUUCCAGAAGAGCCCACUCUCUGACCACGGCUAACUCCCCUAACUUGGCUGCCGGGACAUCAUCUCCCAUCAGGCCAGUGUCCUCCCCUGUGCUGUCUUCAAACAAGAGCCCAUCCAGUGCGUGGAGCAGCAGCAGCUGGCACGGGCGGAUCAAAGGAGGCAUGAAGGGCUUUCAGAGCUUCAUGGUUUCGGACAGUAACAUGAGUUUUGUUGAAUUUGUUGAGCUGUUCAAGUCAUUCAGCGUCAGGAGCCGCAAAGACCUCAAGGACCUCUUUGACAUCUACGCAGUGCCCUGCAACCGAGCUGGCCCCGAGCCAACCCCUCUCUACACCAACCUGACCAUCGACGAGAAUACCAGUGGCCUUCAGCCUGACCUCGAUUUGUUGACCAGAAAUGUCUCAGAUUUGGGCUUGUUCAUUAAGAGUAAGCAGCAGCUGUCAGACAACCAGAGGCAGAUAUCUGAUGCCAUUGCUGCUGCAAGUAUCGUGACAAAUGGCACCGGGGUAGAAAGUACGUCUCUGGGCAUCUUUGGGGUUGGCAUACUCCAGCUCAAUGACUUCCUCGUGAAUUGCCAAGGAGAACACUUGACUUAUGAUGAGAUCCUCAGCAUCAUCCAGAAGUUCGAGCCCAGUGUUAGUAUGUGUCACCAUGGGCUAAUGUCGUUUGAAGGAUUUGCAAGGUUUCUGAUGGAUAAAGAUAAUUUUGCCUCAGAAAAUGAUGAGUCACAGGAGAACAGCAAGGAGCUGCAGCUGCCCCUCUCCUACUACUACAUCGCGUCUUCACACAACACCUACCUCACAGGCCAUCAGCUCAAAGGAGAAUCCUCGGUAGAGCUCUACAGCCAGGUUCUGCUGCAAGGCUGCCGGAGCGUGGAGCUGGACUGCUGGGACGGAGACGAUGGGGUGCCUGUCAUUUACCACGGGCACACGCUGACCACCAAGGUCCCCUUCAAGGAGGUGGUGGAAGCCAUCGAUCGCAGUGCCUUCAUCAACUCCGACCUGCCGAUCAUCAUAUCCAUCGAGAACCACUGCUCUUUGCCUCAACAACGAAAAAUGGCAGAAAUUUUCAAGACUGUGUUUGGAGAAAAACUGGUCGCUAAAUUCUUAUUUGAGAGUGAUUUCUCAGAUGACCCAAUGCUCCCUUCACCUGACCAACUCAGGAGGAAAGUGCUUCUUAAAAAUAAGAAGCUAAAAGCCCAUCAGACACCUGUGGAUAUCUUAAAGCAAAAGGCUCAUCAGUUGGCAUCCAUGCAAGCUCAGGCCUACAAUGGGGGGAAUGCCACUUCUGCACCUGCCAAUAACGAGGAAGAGGAAGAUGAAGAAGAUGAAUAUGAUUAUGACUACGAAUCCCUCUCUGAUGACAACAUUCUGGAAGACAGACCUGAAAAUAAAUCAUGCAAUGACAAGCUUCAGUUUGAGUAUAAUGAAGAAAUUCCCAAGAGGAUAAAGAAAGCAGAUACUUCUGUUUACAAUAAAGGAAAGGUUUAUGACAUGGAAUUGGGAGAAGAAUUUUAUCUCCCACAGAAUAAAAAGGAAAGCAGACAGAUUGCACCAGAGCUUUCUGACCUUGUCAUUUAUUGCCAAGCAGUGAAAUUUCCAGGCCUGUCAACUCUAAACGCAUCUGGCUCUAACAGAGGAAAAGAAAGGAAAAGCAGGAAGUCCAUUUUUGGCAACAAUCCGGGCAGAAUGAGCCCAGGGGAGACAGCAUCAUUUAACAAAACAUCUGGAAAAAGUUCCUGUGAAGGAAUGCGACAGGCCUGGGAGGAAUCUUCUUCCCCGCUCAACCCAACCACGUCCCUCAGCGCUAUCAUUAGAACUCCCAAAUGUUACCAUAUCUCAUCGCUGAAUGAAAAUGCCGCCAAGCGUCUGUGCCGCAGGUAUUCUCAGAAACUGAUCCAGCACACCGCCUGCCAGCUGCUGAGAACCUACCCAGCCGCCACCCGCAUCGACUCCUCCAACCCCAACCCCCUCAUGUUCUGGCUCCAUGGGAUACAGCUCGUGGCUCUCAACUACCAGACAGAUGAUCUCCCUUUACACUUAAAUGCUGCCAUGUUUGAGGCCAACGGUGGCUGUGGUUAUGUUUUAAAACCCCCAGUUCUGUGGGACAAGAAUUGUCCCAUGUAUCAGAAAUUCUCUCCCUUGGAAAGAGACCUAGACAACAUGGAGCCUGCCGUCUAUUCUCUCACUAUUGUCUCUGGUCAAAAUGUGUGCCCAAGCAACAGCACAGGAAGCCCGUGUAUCGAAGUGGACGUCAUGGGCAUGCCUCUGGACAGCUGUCACUUCCGCACAAAGCCCAUCCACAGAAACACUCUGAACCCCAUGUGGAAUGAGCAGUUUCUCUUCCGGGUGCACUUUGAAGAUCUCCUGUUCCUCCGCUUUGCAGUCGUGGAAAACAACAGCUCAGCAGUCACUGCUCAGAGAAUUAUUCCCCUCAAGGCACUCAGACGAGGAUAUCGACAUCUGCAGUUGCGAAACCUCCACAAUGAAGUCUUGGAAAUCUCCAGUUUAUUCAUUAACAGCAGAAGGAUGGAAGAAAACCCCUCUGGCAGUACAAUGCCAGCCUCUUUGAUGUUUAACACAGAAGAAAGAAAAUGUUUGCAGACUCACAGGGUCACGGUGCAUGGGGUCCCGGGUCCAGAGCCCUUUACUGUUUUCUGUGUAAACGGAGGCACCAAGGCAAAGCAGCUUCUCCAACAAAUUCUAACCAUUGAACAAGACAUCAACCCUAGUGCCACCGACUAUUUCUUGAUGGAAGAAAAACAUUUUAUAUCUAAAGAAAAAAAUGAAUGUAGGAAACAGCCAUUCCAGAGAGUCAUCGGUCCUGAAGAAGAGAUCACCCAGAUCUUAAGCAGCUGGUUUCCAGAAGAGGGAUAUGUUGGCAGGAUUGUUUUAAAAACCCAGCAGGAAAACCUUGAAGAGAAAUGCAUCCUUCAAGAUGACAAGGAGGUGAUCUUGAGCUCAGAGGUGGAGAGUUUCUUCGUCCAGGUCCACGAUGUUUCUCCGGAGCAACCCAGAACCGUCAUCAAAGCGCCCCGCGUCAGCACCGCACAGGACGUCAUCCAGCAGACCUUAUGCAAAGCCAAGUAUUCCUAUAGCAUCCUGAGCAACCCCAACCCAAGUGACUACGUGCUUUUGGAAGAGGUGGUAAAGGACACUACUAACAAGAAGACUUCUGUGCCCAAAUCCUCCCAGCGGGUCCUUUUGGAUCAGGAGUGUGUGUUUCAAGUCCAAAGCAAGUGGAAAGGUGCGGGGAAAUUCAUCCUUAAGCUGAAGGAGCAGGUGCAGGCAUCCCGAGAAGACAAAAGAAAAGGCAUUUCUUUUGCAAGUGAAUUCAAGAAGUUCACCAAGUCAACUAAACAGCCCCGAGGACUCACAUCACCCUUGCCAGUCGUGGCUUCAGAAAGUGUACAAAAUAAAGAGGAGAAAACCGUGGGCAGCUUCUCCCCCACCGACGAGAUGGACUAUCGGCAGUGACCCAGGGAAGCAGGUUUUACCCAGGUGAAAUUCUUUGACAAGAAAUUAAAGUCAAGAAUGAAUGUGGUAGAAACUAUAAAUAUGAUUUCUUUAUUUUCAUUAGACUUAAACUGGAAAUUGAUGAUUUCUGAACUGAAGCCUUCUUCACAAAAUGAAAGCCAUGUUGAGGAAAAGCAACAUGGCUCAAGGUUAGCUACCAACCAAUUCAAGAUGAAUGAAGCAAGUCCAGGAGAUUAUCAUUAUACAAAUGUCAGUGGUUGCAAAACUGUUGCCAGGCUUGCCUUAGUUGACUCAGAACCAGGAGCAGAAAACCUCGUCUAUGAAGAGCCAGGUAAUAACUGUUUGUGACUUCCUGGACCAUACAUGGCUCUGCUGUGGAACACAAAGCAGCCAUAGACAGUGCACGCAUGAGUAACCGUGUUCUCAUAAAGCCACUCAGACACUGAAAUUGAAACAUCUAAUUUUUGGAUCCCAUAUAUUCCCUUGGAUUUUUUUGUGUCAGUCGUUUAAAAACUUUUUACGAGCCUUACAAAAACUGAUAGCAGUUGCAUUUGGCCCGGGGGGGGGGGGGCAUAGUUUUCUGGCCCUACUUAGAACUGGGAACAAGAGGCAAGAGGUCUAGCAAGUAGCAAGCUAGUUAGUGAUAGUGGUUUUUAGCUGAGAAAUGGAAGUUCGGGGGCACUGCAAAUGUAAAUAUGUUCUGUAAGUUUCAUUAAAAAAUAAUUCAAUUUACUUUCUAUACUGUGUAACAUAAAGUACUCCACUUUCGGAUUUCUUUUUACAUGUAGAUGAUGUUGGGUUUUUUAAGUUUAUUGCUUAUAUAGUCACAGAUUUUAUUCCACUUUUGGUUUUCAUAUAAUGAAUUUAGAAGAUGUAUAAUUUAAUAUCUACUGAUUUGUGAUGUCUAGACAAGGGAACUUAACCAUUUUUUAAAAGCAAAAGUAGAUUGAGUUGGUGUUUAAAUUUAUUUAUUUUGCAAAGUUUGUACUGACACUGUACCUAUAUAUUUAUUAUACAUCACGUUGAUAUGGCUUAUGGGCUGAAGCAUUAGUAGUUCUAUUUCACUAUUUGAGAUGAAUGUCCUAAAAAGAAAAUGUAUGAUCUGAAUACCCGAAAUGGGCCAGAAUUUCACGUUAAAAAGCUUCCUUUACCUUGCUUGUUAAAUGAAGAUCUAUUGCUCCAAGUCACACUUGCCACUUAACGUAAAUUAUUAUUAAAUCCUUGUUGUAUAAAGUGACCAUGUAAGUAAAAGGAUUCUCUCUAUUCUUGGUACAUUAAA